AUGGAAGAUUUUAUGGUGGCACUAUCAUAUGUCAUGCCUUCGAUACAACGUGGAUUUCAAGUUAAUUUUGAAGAAACAAAUUGGGAUGAUAUUGGUGGAUUAGAUGCAGUUAAAAAGACUUUAAAACAAGCAGUUGAAUGGCCAUUGAAAUAUCGUCAUACAUUUAAAAAACUAGGAUUAAGCCCUCCUAGAGGAAUUCUUUUGUAUGGGCCACCUGGAUGUACCAGUGUUUCCGGAGCAACAUUUUUAUCUGUUAAUGGAGCUCAACUUUAUUCUCCAUACGUUGGGGAUUCCGAGAAAAUAAUUCGAUCUAUUUUUCAACGUGCACGUGCUUCAAGCCCAGCUGUUCUUUUUCUUGAUGAAAUUGACGCUAUUGUUGGAAAAAGAUCUUUGGGUGAAGGAGGUGGUACCGGAAACGGAGAUAGUGUUCAGGAACGCGUUUUGUCAAUGCUACUAAAUGAAAUGGACGGUGUUGAAAUUGCUACGUCGAUUCUUAUAAUGGGUGCGACAAAUCGACCAGAUAUGCUCGAUGCUGCUCUUUUACGACCUGGAAGGUUCGAUCGUCUUAUAUAUGUUCCACCUCCAGAUUUUAAAUCACGAAAACAAAUUUUAAAGAUACAUACCUCAAAUAUGCCAUUAAAUGAUGAUACUGAAAAGUAUACAGGCGCAGAUAUCAAAAAUUUGUGUAGGGAAUCUGCAAUGAUAGCAUUACGCGGCAUGAAAACCACGUCAAAUGUGAAUAUGUCUGAUUUUUUGAAAGCUUUGAAAAUCGUAAAAGCUUCAUUAACUGCCGAAAUAUUAACCUAUUAUGAAAAAUUAAUGUGUUAA